AUGGCAAGAUUGGAUGAAAUAGAUUAAUAAGCUCCUGGAAGCAAACAAGUUGAUAGAGGUUUGAGUCUUGUACCUGAAGAGGAAUAAGAAGAAAAUUAAUCAGCUUUACUAAAAAUGCAAAAAGAUAAUGCCAACAUUUAAAAAUAAGAUCUUGAUAAGUCCAUAAAUAAUAUAUCUUAAAACAAAAACCAAGAUAAAAUAAAUAAUUCCUAAUUAAGCAAAAAAUGA